AUGGGAUGCGCAAGUAUUCAACCAAGUUAAAUUGAACCAUUGGUAUAUUAAUGGAAAGGUGAUUUAUAUAAGGUAUUGGCCUCAUCAAAAGCAAUUGAUGUAUAACUUCUAAAGUAGACAAUUGCUGUUUUCAAAAAAGAGAAAAUCACAAAUUGCCUAGAUUACCUUUCAAAACAUUGUCAAAAAAAAAAUAAAGAAUAUUCAAACAUUAAGUAUAUCACUGAUGUUAUUAAAAAUAUUUGCGAACUUGAUUUUAACAAGACGAAUUAUUCUACAAAUGAAUAAGAAGAAUAGAGAAAGCAUCUAAUCAUGAAAAUAUCUUAUGAUCAGGAAAUAAUAGAAUUUUUAAAAUUUCUAGUUCAACUUACUGCUUUAGAUGAGAAAUUGAUAAGAUGUGGAUCAAAUUCUUUAAAUAUUUUAGUUGAAAUGAAGGUUAGUAUGGCGUAUCACAAUUUUGAAAAUAUUAAAAUUAAAAAUACCUAAGUAAUAGGAGCUAAUUUUUUCAAAUGUGACUUAAGUGGCUCUGAAUUUGACGAUGUCAUUAUUAGUGGAAUAGUUUUGAAUGGAGCAAAAUUAUUUAAUUGUAAAUGGAAGAAUUUAAGAAUAAAUGAGUUAAAUAAGUUGAAUGGUCAUGGUGAUAUAGUCAAUUUAGUUUGCUUUUCUCCAGAUGGUAAGUUAUUGGCUUCUUGCAGUGAUGAUAAUUCUACUCGAUUGUGGGAUGUGAAAACAGGAAAAAUAAAGUCUAUAUUAUAAGGAGAAAUGAAUGUCAAAUCAGUCUGCUUCUCAACAAAUGCGAUAAUGUUGGCGUCCUAUAGUGGCAAAUUUCUAUAUAGAUGGAACCUUCAAACAAGAAAGCAUAUUCAUAAAUUAAAAGUUCAUACUGAUGAUGUAAAUAUAGUUUGUUUCUCUCUUGAUGGUAGUGCAUUAGCAUUUGGUUGUGAAGACAACUCUAUCUGUUUAUGGGAUGUUAAGACAGGAUAAUAAUAUCACUAAUUAUAUGGUCAUACUGCUGAAAUCUAUUCAGUCUGUUUCUCUCCUGAUGGCACUAAAUUAGCAUCUGGAAGUUAUGAUUUAUCUAUCUGUGUAUGGGAUGUUAACACAGGAUAACAAUAUCACUAAUUAGAAGGUCAUACUGGAUAUGUAAAUGCAAUCUGUUUCUCUCCUGAUGGUAAUACAUUAGCAUCUGGUAGUUAUGAUAACUCUAUCCGUUUUUGGAAUAUGAAAACAGGAUAACAAACAGCAAAAUUAGAUGGCCAUAAUUAUUUAGUUAGAUUCGUCUGUUUUUCUCCUGAUGGUACUAAGUUAGCAUCUGGAAGUUAUGAAAACUCUGUUUUCAUAUGGGAUGUUAAAAAAAGAGAAUAAAAUGUCAAAUUAUAUGGUCACGCUCGUGAGGUGAAUUCAGUUUGUUUCUCUCCUGAUGGUACUAAAUUAGCAUCUGGUAGUAAUGAUAACUCUAUCCGUUUAUGGGAUAUUUAGACAAUAUCAUAACAUCCCUAAUUAGAUGGUCACAUUGAUAGUAUCCGAAAAGUAUGUUUCUCUCCUGAUGGUACUACUUUAGCAUCUGGAAGCGAUGAUUGCACUAUCCGUUUAUGGAAUGUUAAGACAGGAUAAUAAAAAGCCAAAUUUGAUGGUCAUAGCAGUUAUGUCAUCUCGAUUUGUUUCUCUCCUGAUGGUAAAACAUUAGCCUCUGGUAGUGGAGAUUACUCUGUUCGAUUAUGGGAUGCUAAGUAAGGAUAACAAAAGGCCCAAAUGAAUGGACAUAGUAAUUACGUCAGAUCAGUAUGUUUCUCUCCUGAUGGCAAUACUUUAGCAUCUGGUAGCGAUGAUUCGACUAUUCGUUUAUGGAAUGUUUAGACAUAAGAGGAAAUAAAUCAAUUUGUAACUGAUGUUCAUUAUCUAUUUUCAACUUGUUUCUCUCCUGAUAGUACUACAUUAGCAUCUGGAUGUAUUGAUGGUUAUAUCAGUUUAUGGGAUGUUAUGACAGGAGAAUAAAAAGUCUCAUUAGUGGGUCAUGAUAAUUAUGUUAUUUCAGUCUGUUAUUCUCCUGAUGGUAAUACAUUAGCAUCUGGUAGUAUGGAUUACACUAUUAUAUUAUGGGAUGUUAAGACAUUAACAUAAAAAUAGAAUUUAUACGGCCAUUAAUAUCCAAUCAUGUAAGUCUGCUAUUCUUCUGAUGGAACUAUGCUUGCUUCAUGUAGUUAAGAUAGAUCUAUCAUUUUAUGGGAUAGUUAAAGUGGUAAUUAAAUGGCCAAAUAAUAUGUUCAUACAUCUGGUGUUAAUACUUUAUGCUUCUCUCCAGAUGGUACUAUGUUAGCAUCUGGUAGUGAUGAUAUGUCUAUUAGUUUAUUAGACGUUAAGACUAUAUUACAAAAAGCAAAAUUUGAUGGUAAUUCAAAUGCAAUAUAUUCACUAUGUUUCUCUCGUGAUGGUACUACGUUAAUAUGUGGUGGUUUUGACUGCUCAAUUAGACUAUUGGAUGUUAAGACAGGAAAACAAAAAGCCACAUUGAUUGGCCAUACUCAAAGAGUUACAUCAAUCAGUUUAUCUCUUGAUGGUACAACAUUAGCAUCGAGUAGUGAAGAUAAAUCUAUUUGCAUAUGGGAUGUACAAACAGGAUCCUAAGCAGCAAAAUUAGAUGGCCAUACUAAAAAGGUCAUGUCUGUCUGUUUCUCUCCUGAUGGUAAUACAUUAGCAUCUGGUAGCGAUGAUAAGACUAUUUGUCUAUGGGAUGUUCAGACUGGAGAAUAAAAAGCUAUAUUAAAUGGUCAUUAAUAUUGUGUUUAUUCGGUCUGUUUCUCUCCCGAUGGUACUACUUUAGCAUCUGGUAGUUGGGAUAACUCUAUCUAUUUAUGGGAUGUUGAGACACUAUUACUAAACGCAAAAUUAAAUGGACAUCGCAGUUAUGUCAUGUCCGUCUGCUUCUCUCCUGUUGGUUCAAUACUAGCUUCUUGUAGUGAUGACAACACUAUUCGUUUAUGGAAUUUUAAGACAGGACAACAAAAACAAUAAUUUAUUGACUAAGGUCAUGGUUUUCUUACAAUCUGUUUUUCCCCUGAUGGCUUAACAAUAGCAUCUAUCCUUUCAGAUAACUUUAUCUUUUUAUGGGAUGUGAAAACAGGACAAUAAAAGGCCAAAUUAUCAGUUCAUACAAGUUAAGUUCAUUCAAUCUGUUUCUCUCCUGAUGGUGCUACUUUAGCAGUUGGUUGUGAUAAAAACUCUAUCUAUUUACAGGAUUCUAAAACUGGAUAAUAAAAAGCCAAAUUAUCUGGUCAUACUGCUGAAAUUCAUUCAGUCUGUUUUUCUCCUGAUCGGACUAUAUUAGCAUCUAGUAGUAACGAUAACACUAUCCGUUUGUGGAAUGCUAAGACAGGUUAAUAAAAAGCCUAAUUAUACGGUCAUAAAAGUGAUGUAGUUGCGCUUUGUUUUUCUCUUGAUGGUAAUACAUUAGCAUCUGGAAGUCAUGAUUAUUCUAUCCGUAUAUGGGAUGUUUAGACCUUAUAAUAAACAGCGAAAUUAGAUGGUCACUAAAAUUAAAUUAAUUCUGUCUGUCUCUCUUCUGAUGGUGUUACAUUAGCAUCUGGUAGUAGUGAUAAUUCUAUUCGUUUAUGGUAUUUUAAGACAGGAUAUGAAAAAAACCAAUUAAUAGGUCAUACGAGUGAUGUUUAUUCAGUUUGUUUCUCUCCUGAUUGUACCACAUUGGCAUCUGGUAGCGGCGAUAACUCUAUCCGUUUAUGGAAUGUUAAGACAGGAGAAUAAAAAGCCAAGUUUGAUUUACAUUAAUAUUAAGCGUAUUAAGUCUGUUUCUCUCCUGAUGGAAUUACAUUAGCGACAUGUAGUGGCUAUUUAUAAUAUAUUGCGGAUUAUUCUAUUUGUUUAUGGGAUAUUAAGACAGGAUUAUAAAAAGCCAAAUUAAAUGGUCAUUAAUAUUAUGUUAAUUCAGUCUGUUUCUCCCCUGAUGGUAGUACAUUAGCUUCUGGUAGUGAAGAUAACUCUAUUCGUUUAUGGAAUUUUAAGACAGGAGAAUAAAAAGCAAAAUUAAAUGGACAUUAAUAUGGCGUUAAUUCUGUUUCUUUCUCUACUGAUGGUACUACUUUAGCAUCUGGUGGCAGGUAUUAAAUUUAUGAUGAAGAUUGUUCAAUACGUUUAUGGGAUGUUAAGACAGGAUAAUUAAGAGUCAAGAUAGAUAGACAUAAAUAUUAUGUUAGUUCAGUAAGUUUAUCACCUGAUGGUACUAUAUUAGCAUCUAUUAGUGACGAUAACACUAUCAAUUUAUGGAAUGUUAAGACAGGAGAAAAAAAAGCCAAAUUAGAUGGUCAUACUAGUUAUAUUAACUCAAUAAACUUCUCUUCUGAUAGUAUUAUAUUAGCAUCCAGUAAUUUGGAUAAUUCUAUCUGGUUAUGGGAUAUUAAGACAGGCAAGCAAAUCUUAAAAUCAGAUAAAUGUUAUAAAGAUAUUUUCACAAAAUUGUCACCUCAACUAUCAUAAACUAACUUUCUUCCAGAAAAUGUUAGUUAUUUUCAUAAUUAUUUACCUUCAUCCAAUAUUCCCAUUCUUCGAAUUUCCAAAAAUCCUAAUUUAGAAGGUUAAGGUGCUUUAAUCUUGAAAGGAAAAUUUUAAAAUAUUUUAGGCUUAGAUCUACGAUACUUAUUUUAAUCUAAAGGAAGUUUCAUUUUAGAAAACCACAUUGAAUGCCGAUAAAAAUUUCAUUGA